CCAAUUUGUUUAGUAUUAUCCCCUCCCUUUAAAAACCCUACCCAACCACACUAUAGACUACAGAGGCAGCAACAGCAAGCAGUGAAGCUGAACAUGGCGGCUGCCUCUCUCUUAAAUAUCUCAUUGCCCAGAUGAAGAAAACAAUCUGUAACCAGUAAAAAUGGCAAUCUCAUCGUUUCAAUCCCUUGUUUUUCCUUCAAAAACCCGUGUUUUCAUCCCAAUCGGCGGUUCCAAUGCCAGAAAAAUAAUUAAACUUCCUCUAAUUCUCGCUUCUGCCAAAAAACCUAACGCCGAUCUCUCCCUCCAAUCCAAGGUUGAGACAUUAUUGGACAGCGUAAAAUGGGAUGAUAAAGGUUUGGCUGUGGCUAUAGCUCAAAAUAUAGACACAGGAGCCAUUUUAAUGCAAGGCUUUGUGAACAGAGAUGCACUGUCCACAACCAUUUCCUCUCGAAAGGCAACAUUUUACAGUCGUUCGCGAUCAAGUUUGUGGACAAAGGGAGAAACCUCGAACAAUUUCAUCAACAUUCAUGACAUCUUCCUUGAUUGUGACAGGGAUUCGAUAAUUUACCUAGGGAAGCCUGAUGGACCUACUUGUCAUACAGGGUCCGAAACAUGCUAUUAUACAUCAGUUGAUGAUUUUCUAGAACAGAAACAGGAUGAGGGAAAUAGGUUGGCAUUAACCAGUUUGUAUUCAUUAGAGUCCACAAUUUCUCAGCGCAAAGCAGAAUUAACUGUGCCGCAAGAAGGAAAGCCCUCUUGGACCAAGCGACUACUAACUGAUCCCAACUUACUGUGCUCGAAAAUAAGGGAGGAGGCUGAUGAGUUAUGCCGAACACUAGAGGAAAAUGAGCAUAGUACACGUACUGCCUCAGAGAUGGGAGAUGUGCUUUACCAUUCCAUGGUCCUGAUGGCACUUAAAGAUGUAAAGAUAGAGGAUGUAUUAGAUGUUCUUCGUUGUAGAUUUUCACAGUCGGGUAUUGAGGAAAAGAAAAGUCGGUGACACCAAAACUAAAGUUAAAUGAUGUACAGCUUCAUACUGUAAUCCAAUUUUAAUUUAACGGGAAUAUAUCGCCGAUAAAUUGAUCAGUGCCGGUGUGUAUUGUAACUUCCUUUUGUUCACAUGAAUUUGUUGAUUACCAUUUUCUGUUAUUGAUCAAUAAUACAAUAUAAAGGUUUACAUAA